CCUCUUUGUGGUCUUCAUAGUGAGGGAGGGAAGGAGGGCUCAAAACAAAAAGGGGCUUCACGCUAGACAGGAAAGCCUGUAACAUACUGGAGCUGAACUUCUAGUGUCUUAGAAAGGGAUUUUCCCUGCACAUGAGAAAGAGCUGUGUAAUCGGGCGGCUCCAGUGCACUGCGGUGAAUUCCCUUCUCCGACAGCCUGAAAUGAUAGUGAGGCAGCCGGCCGGUGAGCUACAGAAUGUGCUUUCAUGACUCAGCGGCAGGAGAAUGGAUUUCUUUGUGCUAUUUGUCAUGCUUUGUCCCAGCCCCACGGGCAGUCACACUCUGCAGUACUACAUAUCCAUGGUAUCAGUGGCUGCCCCAGGCCUGCCACAAUAUUCCAUUACUGCCUUUGUGGAUGACGUGAUGAUUGGAAGGUACAGCAGCGACACACGUGAUAUUGAAACGUUCGUUCCAGUACCAGAAAUACUUUCUUGGCAUGUCAGGAGGAAAAUGGAAUACGCUUUUCAUUUGGAGGAGGAGGAAAAAAAGGGUUUGGAAAAAGUUAUGGUAUUCUCUAACAUGACCUAUGGCAGCGCAGAUAUUCACGUUUAUCAGAAGAAAUUUAUCUGUGAGCUGGAUGACGAUGGCAGCGUCGGGGGAUAUCAGGAAGCUGCAUUUGACGGCGAAUCGUUUGCAACCUUCGAUAAAGAGAAAGGAGUCUUUGUGCCUUUAACCCAAAAGGCUUCGGAUGUGAUUCAGCAGUGUGCGAAUUGCGAUUUGUACGCAAAGUCUGACAAGUUUUACAUGGAAAAUUAUUGUAUUCACGACCUGAAGUUGUAUCUGCCUUAUUUAAUCAAAAUGCUGGAUAAAAAGGUUUGCCCCAAGGUGAAGAUUUCCAGUUUAGAAUCAGACAACAAUACAAAACUGCACUGCUGCGUGUAUGGCUUUCACCCCCGAGAAGUUGAUGUGAAGUGGAUAAAGAAUGGGAGAGAUGAGAUUCACUCAGAGGAGGCACCACAGAUCCUGCCAAACCCUGAUGGCACCUAUCAGAUCAGAGUCAGUGUGGGGGUAACACCAGAGGGGGGCGCCACUUACUCCUGCCAUAUAGAUCACAGCAGCUUGAAUGACACGCUGGUAGUGCCUUUCCUAAACGACACAAAACAUAGAGGAGUUUUAUAUAUCAUCAUCCCUGUCUUCGUGGCUUUUGUCUUACUCACUGCUGUCCUGGGAGUUGUUCUGUGGAGAAACAGAAAAGACAACAGAGGCAUCACUCAGUCUGACAGUCCAAUCGAAAAUGUAUAAAUCCAAGUAGUGUUGUAGGCUUCUGGGCCUGUAUGGGAAUUUAAACUCUUAAGAGUUAGUAAAGGGUUAUAAAGGGGUUUGUUACAGUGAGAGCUGUGAAGUUGUUCAAUUCCUUCAGUGAAUCAGUUGUAUUGGCAGAUAUAUUAGAUGGGUACAAGAAGGGGUUGGGUGGCAACAGUUAGGCAGGUUUCACCUGGACAAAACCAUAUAAGCAAAGUGGACAAACAUCUUCUUUCAGCCACUGCAACUUACUAUACUACCUCUGUAGGGAACUGGUAAAUUGUGCCCUUUCUCACUGGCAGUCACCUAGUUAUUUGGACAGCUAUAAAGAGUCCUUAAUUUAAUGGGAAGUAAGUCCUUUUUCCUGGGUCAUAACAUGGCCUUUUGCAGUUCCACAGUUUGGCCAUAAGGUUGGAUAGUAAAAAGGCUAAGCAGCUAUGAGGAUAGAAGCCAUUUUGGUUAAUGCUCUGUACCUGAGCAAGCAGGUGUGGAAAUAUUGGGAACCUGGGUGUAGGUAGGCCCAGACAGAUUAGGCAGCUCCUGUAAUAGCACUAGCGGGCUGAUUCACUAAAGGUCGUUAACGCUUUAAGCAUAGUUUUAUGCAUUAAAAAGUGUUCGUUAUUUA